GGAGACAGGCAGCAGUGUUAUCAACUUGUUCAUACUGAAAUUUUCUCCGCUUUCAGAUCCUUUGAGCGGCACAGCGGAGGUGCAGCGAGAUCACGCAUGCGUAGACGUUUGACGUGUAGCGGAACGCAGCCUGCGUUGUCACUCCUCGCGUCCCUACUCACUUUGUUCACGCUGGUCCCUCCCCGUUCCCCGGCAGAUUAGAUAACAAAUACACCAUCGGCCGCUGCGUAUUUGCCUCUCGCACCCGCGCUCCCCCGCCACCCCCGUUCCAACCCAAAGGCCCGUCCGUUCCUCGGACGCCGCGCCCCGCGCGUCCCGCUUAAACCCCGCAGCGAGCGAUAACCAGCAGUGCAGCACCGCCACCGCCGCCGCUCAGCAACGCGGCGCACUAAACCGGUGUAACAGCACGUACGUGUCGUGUUGCACGGUUGAGCAGUUGCCGCUCCCGUUCUCGUUCGCGCGGCCGCCAUGGUGGCCGGGCGCGUCAAGGCGGCCAUGGGCUUCCAGCGCAGCCCCAAGUCGCCGGCGCCGGAGGCGGCGUCCCCCUCGCGGACGCCCACCCGGGCGCCCUCGUCGGGCUCGGCGCCAUCCAAGGCGUCGUCGCUCGCGCGGUCCUUCGGCGCCUACUUCCCGCGCUCGUCCGCGCAGGUGCGCCCCGCGGCCGCCCGCGCGCCGCCGCAGGUCGCCGAGCUGCUGCGCGCCAUCGAGCUGCUCCAGGAGCGGGAGGCGCGCCUCCGCGUCGAGUUGCUGGAGCAGAAGAUACUCAAGGAGACCGUCGCCAUCGUGCCGUUCCUGGAGGCCGAGCUCGCGGCCAAGAAGACCGAGCUCGAGAGGUGCAGGGAGACCGCGGACCGGCUGGAGGCCGAGAACGCGCGGCUGUGCGCCGAGCUCGACGCCGCCGCGCUCGAGGUCACGAGCAGGAAGCAGAGGAUAGUCGAGAUGGAGAAGGAGAUGGCGGAGCUGAGGAGGCAACAUGAAGCGGCGGCGGCGGCCGAUGACUGCUCCUCGUCCGCUUCGGCGUCCAACGAGCACCUCGAGAGCUCCAGUGCCGCGCCACAUCACGCGAGUUCAGCUCAACCUGGAGCUGAGCGGCCGUACAUCCCGCCGCCUCCUCCGGCGCCACCAACGCCUUUCAAGUCCAAGUCCUACUUCUCGGCGUCGUCGACCCCUUCACCCGCAAGUUCGUCGCCACCCUCGCCGUCUUCCUCCACGUCAACCUCACCAUCGUACUCCCGCUCGUCCUCGGACACGGCGACCGCACCAAGACCCCGCGUGCCAGACCUCUCGAAGCUGCCGCCGAUACCUCCGCCUCCACCGCCUUGCCCUCCUCCUCCACCGCCACCGCCGCGCAGCACGAGCAAGCGCUCCUCGCCCUCCGGUCCACCCGCCGCUUCGCCGCCGCCGCCGCCGCCGCCUCCCCCUCCAUCGAGGAGGCCGUUCGGCGCCGCGUUCCCGCCGGCGUGCGCGUCGGGGCAAUGCGUGAGGCGCGUGCCGGAGGUGGUGGAGUUCUACCACUCGCUGAUGCGGCGGGAGUCCAAGAGGGACGGCUGCGCCGCGAGCGAGGCCGCGAACGGCGGCGGCGUGGCGGCGGCGCGCGACAUGAUCGGCGAGAUCGAGAACCGGUCGGCUCACCUCCUCGCGAUCAAGUCGGACGUGGAGAGGCAGGGCGACUUCAUCCGGUUCCUGAUCAAGGAGGUGGAAGGCGCGGCGUUCGUGGACAUCGAGGACGUCGUCAGCUUCGUCAAGUGGCUCGACGACGAGCUCUCGCGCCUGGUGGACGAGCGCGCGGUGCUGAAGCACUUCGAGUGGCCGGAGCACAAGGCGGACGCGCUCCGGGAGGCGGCGUUCGGCUACUGCGACCUCAAGAAGCUGGAGGGGGAGGCCGCCUUGUUCCGCGACGACGCCCGGCAGCCCUGCGCCGCGGCGCUCAAGAAGAUGCAGGCGCUCUUCGAGAAGUUGGAGCACGGCGUGUACAACCUCGCCCGCGUCCGGGACGCCGCCACGAGCCGGUACACCCGGUUCCAGAUCCCGUGGGAGUGGAUGAAACAGGACGCCGGCAUCGUCAGCCAGAUCAAACUCCAGUCGGUGAAGUUGGCAAUGAAGUACCUGAAACGGGUCUCCUCUGAGCUCGAGGCAAUCAAGGGAGGCCCUGAAGAGGAGGAACUGAUGCUUCAAGGAGUACGGUUCGCCUUCAGAGUACACCAGUUUGCGGGCGGAUUCGACGUGGACACCAUGCGAGCCUUCCAGGAGCUCAAGGAGAAGGCGUCCAUGUGCCGGAUACAACGGCAGAAGCAGAGCCGUCAUCUGCGGCAGCACACGCUCGUUGCUAGGACCUGAACAUCAGAGCAUCGCGUACUCAUAUAGUCAUAUGGUCGAUGUGUCAUACACCCAUCGUCUCCUCAUCAGUCAUCAUCAAGUGGCAUAGUAUGAUUUGUUGAUUUGUUUUUUUCCUUCUUUUUGCGAGGAUUAGUCGGUUACCAACUCUGCUGUAAAAUGCUACGGUACUGUAACUAAUGAACUGCCUUUUUUCUUUUUAGGAGAAAUCUUUGUUCACUAUAGCUUAAUCUUUUCGUUCCUCCGAUGGCUGUUUCUGUCAAAAGUGUAGUGAAUGGCUCUAUAAAGUCUGAAGCUAUUUGUGUGCCGCAGCUCUCUA